UGGCUGGAUUCGCUCCAAGAAAAAAAACUGUCAGCGGUCAGUAUAUUUAGUGUCGCAUCAAUGGAUUUAUCAGUGCAGUAGUCAUAUAGUUCAMAACAGCUCGAUGUGCAAAUUUUCACUUACAUUCUGUCUAUAACAAGAACAGCAUGAAAAAAUGCCUUGGAACGUUAUAUUUCUUUUCGAUUGGUUUAUGGAUCUCAUUUUCAAGGCUGCUUGUGAGCUUGAUAGCCAUGCAAGACAUUCUCGCAGGAACACUCAUUCCAACUACUGUUUUAAUAAUAGUAAACAAGGUCCCCGAGUUACUGAGUAAAGUAAUGAGUCCCUUCAUCGUCAGAAGAGUCCACCCUGGUUGGUCGAUGCUUCUUGGUACUGUAUUAUUAACAGCUGCUAAUAUCUUAGUCGUUUGUUACGACUUGGUCGAGGUGAGAUUGGCGGGAGUUGUGAUGUAUGGAGUAGCUUACGGUUUACUUAGCAUUGCAGUUGUACACGUCCUCCCAUGCUACGAUGAUAUGGAUGUAUUUACUGCCGCUUGUCAAUCAGGAACCAAUGUUUCGUCGUUCUUGGCAUCGUUUAUUUAUACAGUUCUGACAACUUGGUUCUGUGCUUCUCCACGAACAGUCAUAGCAGCGUGCACCCCAACCUGUCUUCUACCAUAUGCAUUCUACUGCCUUCUUGAUAAAGAACCAUUGAAGAAGCAUAACUCACAACAUUAUCGGACAAUUGGAACGGAUGAUAGUCAUCAUGAGAGGGUUGGAACAGACGGUAUUAAUGAUGAACCUGGUGGAAAAGUCGCCAUCAGAAGAUUUUKCUCUAAAGCAGAAACAAAACUAAUAUUCUUGAUGAAAGUAUAUCCAUAUAUCACUUAUUACACGAUGAUUUUUUUCAUUACCACUAUAACCRUAGGAUCUGUGCUAACAACGAUCACCUUCCCAUCUGCACCAUUCAGAAUUCGAGAUCACUUCUUGUUUUAUGUGUUUCUAUUUGAUUUGGGUUGGUGCUUUGGUGGUUUCGAGUUGGUUUUAAUUUCUUUUCUUUUCCCCAAAAAGGUUGAGCUUUUCAAAAUCCGUCGAUUGUGGAUUCUAGUUUUGCUGCAGGCUGGAAUUUUGAUAUUUUUGGUUUAUUUAUCUUGGUAUCAUUUUGUCCACUCGGUUUAUGUAGUGCUGAUAUUAUGCUUUUUACAGGGUUUUUUUAAAGGAAGUACCGAUGUUCAUAGUCUUAUCUGUGCUGCUGAUGUUUUCCAAGAUAUUUCUGAUAAAUGCACAGCUAUGGGGAUGGUUAAACUUGGCAAUUCAAUCGGUCGUAUUACUGGGGGUUUAUUAGGUGUGUUUGUGGAGGGUUAUCUAAGAAACCAUUGUACCAACGAUUUGUUAUUGGGGAAAUUUUGUCUGACAAGAUUCGAAACUAGUUCAGCUUGGAGCAAAAAUGAUAUUUGUAAUUAAGAUAUACCACAUGAUACAGAAGUACAUUCGACGUUGUAAUUGUAAUUCUAGGGUCGUUUGUAUGAAGAAUUAAUGAAUAUGUUUAUUCCAUUCAAAAUCCAUGGAGUUUAUAUUUUAUUUUUAUCGAGAMUU